AAGAUGAUGUGCAUGUUGACUUCACUUGGGAAGAGUGGAAUUUGCUGGAUCAUUCCCAGAAGAAUCUCUACAAAGAUGUGAUGUUGGAGACCUACAGCAACCUUACUAUAAUAGGAUACAGUUGGGAAGACUGUAAUACUGAAGAACAUUAUCAAAGUUCUAGAAGACAUGUAAGGCAUGAAAGAAGCCAAACUGGAAGGAAACAUUCUGUAUAUACUCAAUGUAGUAAAAUCUUUGUAUAUGAGUCCCAUCAUUUUCAAAGGCAUGAAAGAACACAUACUGGAAAUAAACCAUAUGAAUGCAAUCAAUGUGGUAAUUCCUUUAACCAACAAAGUCUUCUUCAAAUGCAUAAAAGAACACAUCCUCGAGAAAAACCCUAUGAAUGCAAUCAAUGUGGUAUAGCCUUUGCCUAUCACACCUUUGCAUGUCAAAGGAAUCUUCAAAAGCAUAAAAGAACACAUACUGGAGAGAAACCCUAUGUAUGUAAUCAGUGUGGUAAAGCCUUUACAAAACACAGUAAUCUUCAAAUGCUUAAAAGGACACAUACUGGAGAGAAACCCUGUGUUUGUAAUCAGUGUGGUAAAGCCUUUGCAUGUCAUAGUAAUCUUCAAAUGCAUAAAAGAACACAUGCUGGAGAGAAACCCUAUGAGUGUAAUCAGUGUGGUAAAGCCUUUUUAUGUCACAGAGAUCUUCAAAGGCAUGAAAGAAUACAUACUGGAGAGAAACCCUAUGAAUGUAAUCAGUGUGGUAAAGCCUUUGUAUGUCAAAGUAAUCUUCAAAUACAUAAAAGAACACAUACUGGAGAGAAACCCUAUGUAUGUAAUCAGUGUGGUAAAGCCUAUGCAUGUCAAAAAAGUCUUAAAAUGCAUAAACGAACACAUACUGGAGCAAAACCCUAUGUAUGUAGUCAGUGUGAUAAAGCCUUUGCACAACACAAUUAUCUUCAAAUUUAUAGAAGAACACAUACUGGAGAGAAACCCUAUGAAUGUAAUCAGUGUGGCAAAGUUUUUGCACGUCACAGUGCUCUUCAAAGGCAUGAAAGAAUACAUACUGGAGAGAAACUCUAUGAAUGUACUCAGUGUGGUAAAGCCUUUGCAGAUCAUAGUAAUCUUCAAAAGCAUAAAAGAAGGCAUACUGGAGAGAAACCCUAUUAA